UAUAUUUUUUAAUUCAUUUAAAAAGGAUAAUGAUCAUUGACACCGGUACUAGUAAGGAUGACAUGGUCAUCUUCAAAUCUAGUAAUCAUGUCAUCCAUAUUCUGAUUCUGGCUGCUCGAACUGAGGCUUCCGUCCAUAGCCAGAUCCAUAUUCUGAUUCUGGCUGCUCGAACUGAGGCUUCCGUCCAUGGCCAGAUCCAUAUUCCGAUUCUGGCUCCCCGUACUCCUGCUUGCGGCCAUAGCCAGAUCCAAACUCUGAUUCGGACUGCUCAUACGCCGGCUUCCGCCCAUACCCGGAUCCAUACUCGGAUCCACCUUCGUCCUCCGGCUUUUUUCCAUAUCCAGAGCCAUAUUCGGGUGGAGGUUGUUGAUACUCCGGCCUUCUGCCAUACCCAGUUUCAGAUCCGGAAGCAGUUUGAGGCAUGCCCCCAUAUCCACCACCUCCGGGUCGCGGCUUGGGUCGGGCGUAGCUGCUGUACUCAUUUUGAAGCGCCUCCUCACCGUAGGCAGCCGGCUCCGCGUCGGAGGAGAAGUUGGGGCGAUCAUAAUCGAAGUUCCCAUCGGAAGCUGUGGAGGAAGGGUAGCAUGUCUCCUCGGAAGGCGGCAGAGGGCGUCCAUAUUGCGACUGAAUGUCGUAACCACCACCGUAUGGCGUGGGAUCGUACUCGUCGAAUUCGACGUCGUCCUCGGCUGCCCUCGAGUAGUAAGGCAUCGUCUCAGUUAUGAAAGCUGCUUUUCCUCUUUUUCCAGUUUUUGGCUUCUGCGAUCAGUCUUGUUUUCAGUUUCAUUUUCAUUAAUGUCCUCUAAACUUUUCAGAUUUAAAGAUGUAAAAUCCAAUUGUCGUUGCCACCAGUCAUCCUGUCUUUUGCUUUUCACGGUGGCACUUCAUUUAAACAUGAAUUGAAAGGCCAACACCACAAUUCUUGUUGUUGCUGUUGUUGUUGGAUUUUUUUUAAAUUAGUUUGUUUGUACUUAUUAUUCUCCUCUCGAUCUGGUUAUGAUAUCCUGUGCAAUCCACAGCUGAAGUUUACUUUCGAGCAAUGUUAAAUCUAAGAUACACUGUUAAAUCCAGUAUUAGAAGUGAAAAUUCAUUAAGAUAAAUGUUGAAACUUUUU